GCUUCAAACAAUUCCCUACUGUGCUCGAAUAUAAUCGAUUAGCGAAAACCGCUGAAAUUCUAUUAAAAAAAGGAGAAAACUUGCGAAACUUUUGUUCAACAUUGAUAGGAUUUAGAGUUGAAAUCGGGCAAUAAUACCCCGAAAAUUACUCACACAUCUGUCAAUUUGUACGCACACACUGAAGACGUCGGUGUGUUCGUAUUAUGUCAGUUUUAUUCCUGUCAGCCAUGUUGAAUUGUAUAGAAUUCGUGUCGGGUGUGUGCGAGAUGUUGCGUUAAUUUUCUUGAAAAUAUCGGUAUUUUCUCAUAAUUGAAGGAUUUUAUUGAUAUCGGCCCGAUUGCGAUCUAUGUUGGUCCUUAAAUUGUAUUCAUAGAGCAAGUGGAAUUGUUUGAAAUACACCUAAAACGGGUGAUUUGUUUCCUUACAGUCCUGUCCAAUUAGAAGCAGUAAAAGUGUGAAGUCGAACAAAAAAAAAGUUCUUUCCCAUAUUAUCCGACUAAAAUUUCUGUUUGGUAAAGACUCUUCCAACUGUGCAGUAAUUGAUUGAACUAGAGUGAAAUUAGCAGAACCGUCGCGAACAUUGGUUACCGUUAAAUUGUCGUGCCGUUGAGACAAGAAGUGACUUUGCAAUCGAACGAGCUGCGAAAAUGACGCAGAGUUUGCCGAUCCGAUUCCAGGAGCACUUACAGCUCACAAAUGUCGGAAUCAACCUUAACUCAAUAUCAUUCAGCACUCUCACCAUGGAGUCGGACAAAUUCAUUUGCGUCCGAGAGAAGGUUGGUGAGACAGCACAAGUGGUUAUUAUCGAUAUGGCCGAUGCGAGUAAUCCGAUUCGACGACCGAUUAGUGCUGAUUCUGCCAUCAUGAAUCCAGCCAGCAAAGUUAUCGCCCUCAAAGCACAAAAAACCCUUCAAAUCUUCAAUAUUGAGAUGAAGUCGAAAAUGAAGUCACACGCAAUGCCUGAGGACGUUGUCUUCUGGAAGUGGAUCUCUUUGAACACACUGGCUCUGGUGACAGAGACAGCAGUUUUUCAUUGGUCCAUGGAAGGAGAAUCGACCCCGGUUAAAAUGUUCGACCGUCAUUCGUCGUUAAACGGUUGCCAGAUUAUUAACUAUAGAUGUGAUCCAAAACAACAAUGGCUGCUCUUAGUGGGUAUAUCUGCAAUGCAAAAUCGAGUAGGUGGAGCGAUGCAGCUUUACUCGGUCGAGAGAAAAGUGUCUCAAGCGAUCGAAGGACAUGCGGCAGCUUUCGCCACAUUCAAAAUGGAAGCAAACAAGGAACCUUCCACACUUUUCUGUUUCUCUGUCCGUACCACGCAAGGUGGCAAAUUGCAUAUUAUAGAAGUAGGGACUCCACCAGCCGGAAACCAACCAUUCACGAAAAAGGCUGUUGAUGUGUUCUUCCCACCUGAGGCGCAAAGCGAUUUCCCUGUUGCAAUGCAAGUUUCUGCAAAGUACGAUGUCAUCUAUUUGAUCACCAAAUACGGUUACAUCCACCUAUACGACAUUGAAACUGGAACGUGCAUCUACAUGAACAGAAUAUCUGCAGACACGAUUUUCGUCACUGCGCAGCAUGAAGUAAGUGGCGGUAUCAUCGGAGUCAAUCGUAAAGGCCAAGUUCUCUCAGUGACUGUGGAGGAGGAUCAAAUCAUCCCGUACAUUACAAAUGUAUUGCAGAAUGCUGAACUGGCGCUUCGCAUGGCUGUUCGGAACAACUUGUCCGGAGCUGAAGAUCUCUUUGUGCGCAAGUUCAAUCAACUGUUCCAAAACGGCCAGUAUGGCGAUGCUGCGAAAGUUGCAGCUUUGGCUCCAAAGGGCAUUCUGCGCACACCGCAAACCAUACAGCGGUUCCAGCAAGUUCAGACUCCCGCCGGAUCAACAACGCCACCUUUGCUACAGUACUUUGGUAUUCUGUUGGAUCAAGGCAAGCUAAAUAAAUACGAAUCGUUGGAGUUGUGCCGUCCCGUCCUGCUUCAAGGUAAGAAACAACUUGUGGAAAAAUGGCUGAAGGAAGAGAAGCUUGAAUGCAGUGAGGAACUUGGCGACUUGGUCCGAUCAUCCGACCUGACUGUAGCUUUGUCGAUUUAUCUGCGUGCAAACGUACCAAACAAAGUCAUCCAGUGUUUCGCUGAAACGGGACAGUUCCAAAAGAUUGUUUUGUACGCAAAGAAAGUCAACUAUACGCCUGAUUACAUUUUCCUUUUGCGGUCAGUAAUGCGAACUAAUCCUGAACAAGGCGCUGCAUUCGCAUCAAUGUUGGUUGCCGACGAAGAACCUUUGGCGGACAUCAAUCAAAUCGUGGAUAUUUUCAUGGAGCAGAAUAUGGUUCAACAGUGCACUGCCUUCUUGUUGGAUGCUCUGAAGCACAAUCGUCCUAAUGAGGGCCCGCUCCAAACGCGAUUGCUAGAGAUGAAUUUGAUUUCGGCACCACAGGUAGCUGAUGCAAUUUUAGGCAAUGCCAUGUUCACUCACUACGAUCGAGCUCACAUCGCCCAAUUGUGCGAGAAGGCUGGUUUACUUCAACGCGCUUUGGAACACUACACUGAUUUGUAUGAUAUCAAGCGAGCUGUUGUCCAUACUCAUCUUUUGAAUGCCGACUGGCUUGUGGGAUUCUUCGGGACCCUUUCCGUAGAAGAUUCAUUGGAAUGUCUGAAGGCUAUGCUUACCGCGAAUAUUCGUCAGAAUUUGCAGAUUUGCGUCCAAAUUGCUACUAAAUAUCACGAACAGCUUACAACGAAAGCCCUGAUUGAUUUGUUUGAGACAUUCAAGAGCUAUGAGGGUCUGUUCUACUUCCUCGGAUCGAUUGUAAACUUCAGUCAGGAUCCUGAGGUGCACUUUAAGUAUAUUCAAGCCGCUUGCAAGACGAACCAAAUCAAGGAAGUCGAGAGAAUUUGCCGUGAAUCGAACUGUUACAAUCCGGAACGUGUUAAAAACUUCCUUAAAGAGGCGAAGUUGACGGAUCAGCUUCCGUUGAUUAUUGUCUGCGAUCGAUUUGACUUCGUACAUGACCUGGUGCUGUAUUUGUAUCGUAAUAAUUUGCAAAAAUAUAUUGAGAUUUACGUGCAAAAAGUGAAUCCAUCGCGGUUGCCGGUUGUGGUGGGAGGUUUGCUGGACGUUGAUUGCUCUGAGGAUAUCAUAAAGAACUUGAUUCUUGUUGUGAAAGGACAGUUUUCUACGGAUGAAUUGGUUGAAGAGGUUGAGAAGAGGAAUCGUUUGAAACUGCUGUUGCCAUGGUUGGAAUCCCGUGUGCAUGAAGGGUGCAUCGAGCCGGCUACGCACAACGCUCUCGCUAAGAUCUAUAUCGAUUCUAAUAACAAUCCUGAACGAUUCCUUAAGGAAAAUCAAUACUAUGAUAGUCGUGUGGUUGGAAGGUAUUGUGAGAAACGAGACCCUCAUUUGGCUUGUGUGGCUUACGAGCGUGGACAAUGCGAUCGUGAAUUGAUUGCUGUUUGCAAUGAAAAUUCAUUGUUUAAGAGCGAAGCCCGGUAUUUGGUACGUCGUAGAGAUGCUGACUUGUGGGCUGAGGUUUUGUCUGAAUCUAAUCCAUACAAGCGUCAAUUGAUUGAUCAAGUUGUACAAACUGCGCUGUCUGAAACACAGGAUCCAGAUGACAUUUCCGUGACCGUAAAAGCUUUCAUGACCGCUGAUUUGCCAAAUGAGCUGAUUGAAUUGCUUGAAAAGAUUGUGCUCGAUUCAAGUGUUUUCUCUGACCAUCGUAAUCUGCAGAACUUGUUGAUUUUGACGGCAAUCAAAGCUGACCGGACUCGCGUUAUGGACUACAUCAACCGUUUGGAUAAUUAUGAUGCUCCUGAUAUUGCAAACAUUGCGAUUUCAAAUCAAUUGUACGAGGAAGCGUUUGCUAUCUUCAAGAAGUUCGAUGUGAAUACUUCUGCUAUUCAGGUGCUUAUCGAACAAGUGAAUAAUUUGGAGCGAGCUAACGAAUUUGCAGAGAGAUGUAAUGAGCCCGCAGUCUGGUCACAAUUGGCUAAGGCCCAGUUGCAACAAGGACUUGUAAAAGAAGCAAUCGACAGCUAUAUCAAGGCUGAUGAUCCAAGCGCUUAUAUGGAUGUGGUUGAGACAGCUUCAAAGAACGAAUCUUGGGAUGAUUUGGUGCGCUAUCUGCAAAUGGCUCGGAAAAAGGCUCGGGAGAGCUACAUAGAAAGUGAGUUGAUCUAUGCCUAUGCAAGGACAGGACGCCUGGCAGAUUUGGAAGAAUUCAUUGCUGGACCGAAUCAUGCUGACAUUCAAAAGAUCGGUGACCGCUGUUUCUCUGACAAAAUGUAUGACGCUGCCAAGUUGCUAUACAACAACGUAAGCAAUUUCGCACGCCUUGCUAUCACGUUGGUGCACUUGAAGGAAUUCCAAGGCGCUGUUGACAGUGCUCGAAAGGCAAACUCGACCCGCACAUGGAAGGAGGUGUGCUUUGCCUGCGUGGACGCAGAGGAGUUCCGUUUGGCGCAGAUGUGCGGACUUCAUAUUGUAGUGCACGCCGAUGAGCUAGAGGAUCUUAUUAAUUACUAUCAGGACCGGGGAUACUUUGAAGAACUCAUUUCCUUACUCGAAUCCGCGUUGGGACUUGAACGUGCACAUAUGGGAAUGUUUACCGAAUUGGCGAUUUUGUAUUCAAAAUACAAACCAUCGAAAAUGCGUGAACACUUGGAAUUGUUCUGGUCGCGUGUGAAUAUUCCAAAAGUGUUGCGUGCCGCCGAACAGGCUCACCUCUGGUCAGAACUUGUAUUCCUCUAUGACAAAUACGAAGAGUAUGACAAUGCAGUACUCGCAAUGAUGGCACAUCCAACUGAAGCGUGGCGAGAGGGACAUUUCAAGGAUAUCAUCACAAAGGUCGCUAACAUUGAGUGGUAUUACAAGGCAAUUCAAUUCUAUCUGGACUACAAGCCAUUGUUGUUGAACGACAUGCUUUUGGUUCUGGCACCACGAAUGGAUCACACUCGAGCAGUGAAUUUCUUCACAAAAACAGGACAUUUACAACUUGUGAAACCCUACCUGCGAUCUGUGCAGAAUUUGAACAAUAAAGCAAUCAAUGAGGCGCUUAAUAGUUUAUUGAUUGAGGAGGAGGACUACCAAGGAUUGCGCAAUUCCAUCGAUGGUUUUGAUAAUUUCGAUAAUAUUGCACUUGCCCAGAAAUUGGAGAAACAUGAACUCACUGAAUUUAGACGUAUUGCAGCCUAUCUAUACAAAGGCAACAACCGUUGGAAACAGAGUGUCGAAUUGUGCAAAAAGGACAGACUUUUCAAAGAUGCGAUGGAAUAUGCAGCUGAAUCGGGCAAACAAGAGAUUGCGGAAGAAUUGCUGGGCUGGUUCUUGGAGCGAGGCGCGUAUGAUUGCUUUGCCGCCUGCUUAUUCCAGUGCUACGAUCUGUUACGACCGGACGUCAUAAUGGAACUUGCAUGGAGGCAUAACAUUAUGGACUUUGCCUUCCCCUACCUUAUUCAAGUUGUCCGCGAAUAUACAUCUAAAGUAGAUAAGCUCGAAGCGAACGAAGUGCAACGCGAAAAAGAAAGCGAAACAGUCGAACAUAAAAACAUUAUUACAAUGGAACCCCAACUUAUGAUAACAGCGGGACCUGGCAUGGGCAUACCACCACAAUAUGCACAAACCUAUGCACCAGGUUAUGCGGCCGCACCGAAUAUGCCUUACCAGGGUUACGGAAUCUAUAACCAUCAACAGUGAAAUCGAUAGAAUCGAUGAAAAUAGACAUCGCAAACGCGCAUAUUCAUAUGUAAAACGAUCAUUUAAGCCCAAGCACUUAGGAGAAAUGAGAAAUAAAAAAAAACAUCGACAUUCAA